AUGGUGGCGAUUAAACUACUGACAGCGAUUGCCGUUUUGGGAGUUGGUUAGUUUUUGAAAAAAAUUUAAUUUUUGUUCAGUUGGCUGCUAUUGAAAUUACAUUUUCAAAUUUCCAUGAAAUUUUUUUAGGAGGAAAACUUAGAUUUUGACUAGAAAAAUCGGACAUUUUGAGAAAAAACCCCCGACUAGGGAGCGUUUUUUUGACCCCCACCCCCUUUUAAGACCUGUUGCUUCCAGAGAACAAGAAAAAAAUUUUUUUCAGUAUUUCUAAUCUUAUAUUUAUGAAGCUUUAGUGGGCAAAAUACGCAAAUUAUGACAGAAAAAACGCUACUGGCAACAUUUCUAGUGGUCACUUUAGGGUUUUGACCUCUUUUAGAAGCCUGAGAAGGGAGGCCCCUUUACUUGAUACUUCCCAGAAAAUUAACCAGAAAGCUGCUUGAUGACCCAGAAGGCGAUUCUGAAAGUUUCAACCUACAAAACUUCCCCUUUUUGAGAAAAGACGCCUCUAAGUCGAAGAAAACCUUCAAAAUCAACUAAAAUGGGCUAUUUGGGGGCUUUAGGCCCUUGUUUCUCGUGAAGUAGAAAAUUGUGCAGAAUUCCAGGAACUUCAUCUGGUACAACAAGGAUUCUGACUUAUUAUCAAGAAAUUCCCAGCCGCAAAGUGAAAUGACCUUCCUUGUGAGAAAAAUGCUCAGAAUCGGGUAAAAUCGAGGGGAAAUAUUAAACUCCUGUUUCAUAGGAAUUUUUAAUCAAUCUUUUUUUUCUACGUUCGAUAAGAUGCCUUCCGAGUUAAAUAGAUAAAAAGUAACCUUUUUUUGAAAAACUGGUCGUAUUAUAAAGGAAUACGUACAUAACACGCUAGGAUUGGUAUUUUGAAAAAGAACCAUUUUUUGAAUUGAACAAUGUUUUCACACGAAUUUCUAUUGGGAAAAAGGAAUGAUAUAGUCAAUGUUUCCCGACUUGAAAGGCGAAGGAGGCGGGGCAAGGGGCGGGACGCGUAGCGUGUGCGUUCGCGGUUCUUGGCACGAGUUCAAUUCAAUUGCCGCCGACUAUUUAAAAAGCUCCACAACCGCUCUUUUCCAAUGUUUUCUACUAUUUUUUGAUGCACACAUAAACAUAAUCAAUAAAUAAUUGAAAAAGAAAUGGAAAAAGCGAAAAACGGGCUUUUCAAAGAGUCGAUGGCGGUUGAAUUGAACACGUGCCAAGAGCCGCGAGCGCACACGCUACGCGUCCCGUCCCCUGCCCCGCCUCCCUCGCCUUUCAAGUCGGGAAAAAUUGACUACAUAACGAGAAAAAUGCAAAAUUUAUAAAUUUGCUCAAACAUUUUUCCUGCUUAAUCCUCUAAUUAUCCUUCAAAACAUACAUGGGAUAAGCAUGACUGGGGACAGCCAAGCCCCCAAGAAUCGCUUCUGCCAAUCAAUUGAAAUUUUUUUCAAAUUUGAGAGCUUAGUGAUGUGCAAUCGUUAAUCAAGUGCGAUUGAAUAAAAUCCAGGUUUACUGGAAAAAAAUUUUUAACAUUCAAAAUUAGAGCUGAAAUCGUCGAUUAAAUACUGUCCGAAAAACAAUGGUUUCGAUGAAAAAAAAAUUCAAAAAUCCAGAUUUCAGGCUUUAUCAAAUAUCAAUAUUAAUUGAAUAUAUCGUUAGUUAAUUGAGAAUAUUCAUUGUUGAACUUUUGAUAAAUCAUAGAAAAUUUUGGAAAAAAAAAUUCAAAACUUCAAAAUUUAGACCAAAAAACCGUCAUGUUUUCCUUUCAAAUAAAAAACACCGCCCGAUUCCAAAUUAUCUCUAUUUCUCCGAAAGUUUAGUUAUCUUUCGUACUCUCUGACGUUAAUAAUAUUGAAAAAUUUGGAAAAAAAAUUCCAGGAUCCCUGGCCCAGUUCACCGACAAGCAGAAGCAAAUCUUCCUCGAUCAUCAUAAUAAAGUUCGGUCGGACAUCGCUUUGGGCAAAUAUGUGGCCAGGGGGGUCACGAAGCCUCCCGCUACCAAUAUGUACCAGUUGGUAGGGAUCAUUUCGAAAAAAAAUCAUUCAAAAUCGACACCUUCUGAAUGAAAAAUCCGAUUUUUCUUCAGGUAUGGGACGACGAGGUCGCCACCCAGGCUCAAGCCUACGCCGAGACCUGUCCGACGGGCCAUUCCCACCGGAAAGGCGUCGGCGAGAACAUCUACUGGCAGAUGUACAUGCCCGAGCCCGACAACUACGACGAAAUUGUUAGUUUCUCCCAGGAAUAUGCACGAAAAAGGAAAAAAGUCCACCAAGGGAAUCAUCUAUGAGAGCAUCAUAAGGAAGUGAUUUCACUCCUGCCUUCAGAAAUUUUUGAAAAUCGGUCAGGGUAAACCUUGAUGUACCAGAUGUAUAUCUUGAAAAUCUCACCCUGCGAAAAUUGUUCGUUUUUGAGAAAAGAGGGCUCAAAGUUGGAGAAAUCCGUCAGAAAGGCGAUUUUCUUCAAAACUUGUCAGAUCCAUCAGGUAAGGUUUCAUAUUUCUUUGAUUCAAGUCCUUGUGACAUUUUUUCAAUAUUGAUUUGUCCAUAAAAGCUUUUUUUGUGAGUGAGGCAAAUUAUCCGUUCUGAAAAGGUAUUCCGGGCGAUUUUAAGGAAAGAAAUCCUGUUUUUGAAAGUUUUCGAGUGUCUGUGUCUCUCUGUUCCCUCACCGGCGAGGUCAGAGAAUCAAAAAAAUAGCACUACAACAGGAAAUGGUCGUCGAGAGACGAGGAGGUUGCAGAGAACCCCAUUCUUAAAAUGGACUAUAUGAAAAAGCCCUGCACGGCUCUACGCUUUGAGCCAUUUCAAAUGCGACCAAGCCAUUUUAAGGAAUAGUGAAUGGAGUUUAGAACAUGAGAGGGUAGCGGAGAAUUUCAAAUCGCGAAAAAAAGAGAUCAUAUUCGUUACAGGCGGAGGCUGCUUCCGUGAUGUGGGCGGACGAGUUCCAGGAGUUCGGCUGGCCUUCCAACACCCUGACCUACCCGCUUUUCAAUUCGGGCAUCGGUCACGCGACUCAGGUCGCCUGGGCCGAUACACACGCCAUGGGCUGUGGCUAUCAUUUCUGCCCGGAGAAGGACGACAGGCCCGACACCCUCGCCGUCAUUUGCCAGUACAAGGACCAGUCAGUUUCUUUUCAUUUGGACACUUCUUCAUUUCUUUCGGACCUUAGAAGUUUCUGAGCAGUUCUAGGGAUCACUUAAGAGUUUUUAAGCCGCUAAAGGGGUCACUAGAAAUGCUGUGAAGUGUCUCGGACCUCAGACAUGCCCCGGACGUUUCUGAGCACUUCUAGGGAUCACUUGAGAGUUCUUUAGCCGCUUAAGGGGUCCCUGGAAAUGCUGUGAAGUGUCUCGGACCUCAGACGUGCCCCGGACACUUCCUAGAAAUUCUAGAGAUCACUUAAGGGUUCUUUAGUUGCUUAAGGGGUCCCUAGAAAUGUUGUAAAGUGUCUCGGACCUCAGACGUGCCCCGGACUUUUUUUUUAAUAGUUCUAGUGAUCCCUUCAGUGGCUUCAGUACUCUUAAGUGAAAGGUGGAUCAUGAAAUUAGCCGUGGAGCGCAGAAACUCUGAAAAAAAGCGCUCAAGUUUUUGACACGAAAAUCUCGAAUUUCAAUCUUAAUUUUGGCCUCCGAAAACCAGGGAAAAGUCGGGUGCAAGAAGAAACCUAGUUUCCAUUUUCGAACUUUGAAAUGAAUUCCCCUUGUCUUGAAUUUGACCGUAGAGCGCAGAAAUUCAGAAAAAAAGGGCUUUAGACUUGAAAAUCUCCGACUUCACUUCAUUGGCAGUAAAUCAAAAUGCCAUUUUCGAAAAACUCCUAUUCUACUCUAAUUUAGCCGUAGAGCGCAGAAGCUGCAAAAUUUUCAUCAAAAAAAAAAUCCAAAAUUCCAAUUCAGAGGCAAAAACCUAGGCUCCAUUUUUGAACUAUGAAAUGAACUCCACUUGUUUUUAAUUUAGCCGUAGAGCGCAAAAGCUGCAAAAAUUUCAUCAAAAAAUCCUAAAUUCCAAUUCAGAGGCAACGUCAUCGGCGCGGAUAUCUACGAGUCUGGAAAGACCUGCUCAAAGUGCCCUAAAGGGAGCACUUGCGUUGUCGCGACUGGACUUUGUGCUUGAAAUGUACACUGGUCGACUCAGAAUCAUUUAGUCAAUAAAUCUAUUGGAAAUAACUUUUCUUUGUAACAGUGAAGUGAGGAAAGCAGAAAAUUGAAAAAAAAUGAUCAAAUUUUGUGAUUUUUGUUGAAGUUUAGGAAAACAGUGGACAGUGGGAGACAGAAAAUCGAGAAAAAUGAUUAAAUUUUGCCUUUUUUGAGAAAUUUUGAGAUAUUAGUAAACAAAGAUAGAAGGAAAACAGGGAAAAAAUGACCAAAUUUUGCCUUUUUUGUAAGAUUUCAACAUCCUAGUAAGCAUGGGGAGACAGAAAAUUGAAAAAAAUCCUCGAAUUUCCACAUUUUUGAUAGAUCUGAACGUGAAAUUGAGUAGAGGGUGUAAAAAAACCGGAAAAAAGCGACCAAAUCUUCGCUAUUUUCGUUAUAUUUUAACGUAAAAGUGAACAGAGGGGCACAGAAAACCGAAAAAAAAUGACCAAAUUUUGGCUUUUUUUGUGUAAUUUUAACGUCAAAGUAAACAUGAGGGCACAGAAAAUCAAAAAAAAAUAAAUUUUUAUCAAAAAAAAAAAAAUUAUCAAAACUCAGUGAGGAAGAGGAGACGAAAAAUUGGCCAAAAAGUGAUCGAAUUUCGCCUUUUUUGUCAAAUUUUAACGUAACAGUGAGCAGAUGGGGAUCAGAAAGUCGAAAAAAAAAAAUCGUAUUUUCAUUUUUUCAACAUUCUAGCAGAAAAAAAUUGUUAUUUAUGAGCCAUAAUUUCGAUUUAUCAAUAGAAAACUCUCAAAAUCGCAUUUUCUGACCUCAGACUUGACCAUCCAUUAUGGGAAAAAACCCAAAGCUUUUGAGUAAACAGAAGAAAAAAGUUGCCCAAAAGAGGAAGUGGACCUCAACUCCUUAAAAGGUAGCCACUCCGUUUUGACCAGUCAUUCUCCUCAAAAUCAUGACAAAAUAUUCGUUUUUUCUCGUUCUACUGCUAUCAGGUCUGUUAAAAAAGCCUCUUUCUCCUAAUUUUUCAACAGAAUUUGUAGGGAUCCGAGCAGAAUUCACUGAAAAUGGCAAGGAAAGGAUUCUCCAGCUUCACAAUCGUAUACGAAGUGACAUCGCGAUGGGAAAAUACGUAACGAAAGGGAUUUUAAAGCCACCAGCUAUGAAUAUGUUUCAAUUGGUGAGUAAAAACAAAUGUUGAAGAAAUCGAUUCAUUAUUGGUUGCAAGUAACCUUUUCGAAAAAUCUAUUCUCAAAAGGGAAAAUUUUUAGUGGCCACUCUAGGGUUUUGACGUUUUAGUGGCCACUAUAGGGUUUUGACGUUUAAAUGGCCACUGUAGUAGUCAAAUUAGUGGCCACUUAAGAGGGUUAAAAAGUAGUGGCCCCUAUAGAGGUCUUAGUGCUACUAAUAGACUGUAAGUGGCCACUUUAGGGGUCAAUGGAUCAACAUAACUGGUCCAAUCUGUUUGUUUUAAAGUUAUCAGAGUUACUGAAAGAUUACCGGAUGAAAAACUACUGAAGUGGCCACUAAAAAGGAAAAUAGUGGCCACUAUAGAGUUGGGUUUAGUGGCCACUUUAGUGACCUCUCCACGCAGUCCUUGGCGACCCUCUAUAGUGGCUACUAAAAAUUUUCUUAGAAGGUUAAAAAAACUUUGAAAUUUUUCAAAUACAUAGUUUUCACUAUAGCUUCAGAAAAAACCGUGAAAAACAUCAAAUUCGUGAAAUGUAAAGCUUAAAUCUCGCUUUGAAAAGAAAUAAUUAAUAAACUUAGUACUGAGAAGCUUUAAGUGGUCCCUAUAGGGACUUAAAACGUUAGAGUUAUAUUUGGUAGCGCAGGAAGCCCUAUAGGGGCCACUUCAAUUUUCUCCCCUAUAGUGAUCCCUAAAACAACAAAACCCUAAAGGGAUCCCUCAGAAAACUCAUCAAGCUUAAUAAACUUCUAUGCGUUAACUUGAAGUGAAAAAAUCGUUUUUUGUCGUUUUCGUGUACAUUUUUAGAUACACAUUUCAAAAAAGGGAAAUUACGGAUUUAUAAAUUUCAGAACUGGAACGAAACCUUGGCUCAGAGCGCUCAAAACUACGCUGGGACCUGUAUCCAAGCUCAUUCUCAUCUUAGAGGCGUUGGGGAGAACUUAUACUUCGGGAUGGACUAUAUCAGCUCUUCUAGAAGCGCCGAAUUUCAUGUUAGUGAGAGAAAAUACUGGGAUAGGCGCUUGAAAGGCCCUAAAAUCCCUCAAGGGAUCACUAAAAUGAUCAGAAUCGUCCAAGAAAUCGGAGAAAAAUCAAAAAAAAAAAAACUAGAAUAGACCUUUAAGAGGCCUUAAAAUCCCUCAAGUGAUCCUAAACUGAUCAGAAUCGUUAAAAAAAUCGAAGAAAAAUCAAAAAAUACUGUAAAAGGCCUCUUAGAGGCCUUAAAAUCACUCAAGUGAUCCCUAAAUCGCUAAAAAAUCGAAGAAAAAUCAUAAAAUACGUGAAUAGGCUCUUUAGAGGCUUUAAAAUCACUUCAAUGAUCACUAAACUGAUCAGAAUCGUCCGAGAAAUCGAAGAAAAAUCAGUCUUUUAUAUCCUCCUUACCUAUUUGAUCAAUAGCUUCUUGAAAAAUACUGGGAGAGGCCCCUAAGAGGCCCUAAAAUCCCUCAAGUGAUCCCUAAAAUGAUCAGAACCUUAUCGAAGUGAACCCAGUUCAAAAAAUCACUCAAGGGAUCACUAAAUUGAUCAAAAUCGUCCGAGAAAUCGGGGAAAAAUCAGUCCUUUCUAUUUUUCCUACCAUCUGAUCAAUAGCUUCUUGAAAAAUACUGGAAUAGGCCCCUAAGAGGCCCUAAAAUCACUCAAGUGAUCACUAAACUGAUCUGAACCUUAUCGAAGAAAAAUCAGCCCUCAUUAUGCAGAAUCUCCCCUCAAUCUUUUUAGAAUUAUUAAUUUAAAAUUUCAAUCCGAAAAGAAUGAUGAUUUUUCUCAGGGACUCCGAGCCGCAGAACUGUGGAUUUCCGAGUUUCAGGACCUCGGCUGGCCAAGUAACAUUUUAACUUCGGAGCUGUUCAAUUCCGGUAUUGGACAUGCUACUCAGGUAUGGAUUUGGGUCUCAAACUUCAAAAGUUGGAAAAACUGGAUAUUGCUGGGAAAGUUUUUAGUAGCCCCUUAAGAGGUUUCUUAAGGACUACUUGGAGAGGACACUAAAGUGGCCACUAAACCAACCUCUAUAGUGGGCACUAUUUUCUGUUUCAGUGGCCACUAUAGAGGUUCUUUAUAUAGUGGCCACUUCAGUAGUUUUUCAUCCAGUAUUCCUUCCCGGAACUCUAAUUAUUUCAACACAAACAGAUUGGACCAGUUAUGUUGAUCCAUUGAAUCCUAAAGUGGCCACUAAACUUUUUUGUGGUCUAGUAGUAGCACUUAGACCUCUAUAGUGGCCACUAAUGUGACUACUAUAGUGGCCACUAAAACUUCAAAACCCUAUAGUGGCCACUAAAAAUUUUCCCAGUUCAACCUCUCGUACCUCGAUAACGCAAAACUUCCGAGCACUUCUAGGGAUCACUUAAGAGUGCUGACGUCCCUAAAGCGGUCACUAGAAAUGCUCCGACCCGUCCGGGAAGCAUUCAGCAAAAUGACAGAAAAAAAUGACGAAAAUGAUAAAUGAAGCUUUUUUCGAACUGACAUGUGCGCUCCAUAGAGAAAUAUCAUUAUUUUCCAGGAAACUCUUUUUUUCCUUCAUAUGGUCAGGAAAUUGAGAAAAUCUUCAUUUUUUUAAUAUUUAUAUUCAUAAAUUUCGGGCUUUUUUCUAAAAAUUGUAAUUGAAAAAAAUGCAGAAAAAUCACUAUAAUUGAUCAUUAAAAAAAAUGAAAAAUUUCUUCUCAAUUUUUUUAGCCCAUUUCUGCUAUUUUUUUCCCUCAAAAGCUGCUUUUUUAAAAACUAUAUUCCUGCAAAUCCUUGCGAUUGCUUAAAAAAAAAUCCAUUUUCUUCAAUUUUUUCAACUUCAGAUGGCUUGGGCUUCAACGUCCUCUAUCGGAUGUGGCAUAAAUUCUUGCCGAAUUAAUCAAAACUGGUCGAUAAUUCAUGUCGUUUGUCACUACAGUCCUCCGUGAGUUUUUAAUUUUUCUAGAGGCUCCCUAGAAUCGAAAAUUUGUGAAAAAAGGCCCUUAAAUCAAAAAAUCUUACUCAGAAGCUUAAAUCGAUUAAAAAAAACUGCGAAAAUCGCCUUUUUCAGCUUUCACAAUGAACAAAAAACGACAAAAAAGGGACUUUAAACUCAUUUUUUGAACCAAAAAACCAUUUUCAACGAGUUUUCUGCCCCAAAAAUAGCUUUUUUAAGCUUCUCCUAUAUAAAACAAGCUUUUCAAAACAAAAAAAUCAUUUUAGGGGCAACAUAAUCGGCGCAAAAAUCUACGAAGAAGGAAAAACGUGCUCAAAUUGUCCCAAUGGAACAUCGUGUGUUACAGAAACGGGCCUUUGUUCUCCGAAUAA